AUGCUGCCUCGUCUUUCAAGAUUGAACCCAAGCUGCCGACGCGCAACAUGUAGACCGCUGCUGUCUUCCGCUCGCCAUUUAUAUUCAGCUCCUCCCCCCAUUUCGGCCUCUCGAAGUAUCCUUCGGAGGCGGAAGCACACAUAUGAAGCACUCGAUGGCGACCAGUCUGACCCCACAGAGUUCGGCGCGUACGAUGUUAUCCUCCCCGAAGAACCCUAUGUCUGGGGCGUGGACCACAUCGAAUCCCGGACCGUGCCGAAUCACAUUCGACGCCCACAUUACGCGAUGCAACCCACUGGAGAGGAAGGGAAACCAGAGCCAUACAGUGGCGACGGUCUCAUAGGACUAGGCAGCGAGGACGAGCGCAGGCUCAGAAAGGCAGCGCGUCUGGCGAGCGAAGUGCGGGAUUACGCGGGGACGCUGGUCAAGCCAGGCGUUACUACAAAUGCCAUCGACAGCGCCGUCCAUGAGUACAUUGUGAAGCGGAAGGCGUAUCCUUCUCCGCUCCUUUACUCCGGCUUCCCCCGUUCCUGCUGCACCAGUGUGAACAACAUCGUUGCUCAUGGGAUACCCGAUGACCGGCCAUUACAAGACGGCGACAUAGUCAACGUUGACGUGACCGUGUACCUCGAUGGCUUCCACGGAGACACUUCCGACACCUUCCUUGUUGGCGACGUUGAUGACACAGGCCGCGCCCUCGUUUCGGCAACAACCGACGCCCUCGAAGCCGGCAUUGCAGCGUGCAAACCUGGAGCCCCCUUUACAGGCAUUGCGCGCGCAAUACACGACCAUGUCCUUGCUUCAAAGCUUCCUCACAUUGUCUGCCAGUCUUUUACGGGACACGGCAUCGGGCGAGAGUUCCAUCGCCCGCCGUGGAUAUUCCAUACUCUGAACGAGGAGCCGGGCAUCAUGCAGCCUGGUCACUGCUUCACAAUCGAGCCCUGCCUUAUACAAGGAUCGAACCCAAGGAUAUGGAUAUUCCCAGACGGCUGGACGGCAUCCACUGAGAAUUGCGCACGGAGCGCCCAAGCAGAACACAUGGUCCUCAUCACAGAAGAUGGGGCAGAGGUUCUCACUCGGUAACUCGCGUAACGCUAGGUGCUCGCAUGUAUCGACGUGCCGUCUCGUUAUCUAUCCCAUUUGCUUUCGACGUGAAUUUGCUUUACUUGGAUUGUCUGACAUCCUCACUGUCUCGUUCUGUCGUCAUCUUGUCGGGAGCCUACCCAUGCUCUACGGCGAAUGUUCCUGGUAUCAGACUUUCUUGUCGACAUACGCAGUCGAUAACUCUUUAGUCGUGUUGUCAACCAGUACGCGGCGUGCCGGGUGUGAGCACCUUGCACGAUGCCACCCAGCCAUUCUUUUCAUGCUGGAAUUCACUUGCUCGUUUUAUUGCUGUCUUUUCGGAGGCCAAGCCCACAGCUGCGCACACC